ACUGAUAACAAAAAAAUUGAAAAAAAAAUUAUUUUCAUCUCCUCGGCAUCACAACAAAGUGUUAGAGUGUGUGUUUGUCUUUGCCUUGUUGUCUGUCUGGCUGGCUGGUCUAGUGUGUUUCUGAUUUACCACCAUACCACCUUACUACCUCAUCCAACCGUCCCCACAAAGACUGUGUGUGGGUGUUGUCGUCUGCCUUCGUUCGUUUGUUUUUUUUCUCCCCCCUCCCUCCUCCAUACACAGGGAAUUGGCAAAUUGAGAAGGGCAACAAGACAGCAGUCUGAACACAUGUGUGUCUAUGCGGUAUCUUAGCGCUUCGGUGUAUGUGUGUUUCACUGAGUAUGUGCUACUGUGUGUGAGCGACGCGUAACUCUUUGAUUAUCUUCAAUUGUCAUAUCAUUUCUCAAUAACAAAAACAAAUUCCAAGUCAAAGGAAGCAGACUCAAACUAGAACAACAACAAUUUAAACGUUUAUCGAUAAUCGAUUAUAGAUUUCCCAAAGCGCUGAGGUGCAGUGCGUGCUGUUUUGCUCCCAUUGGCUAUGACAAUUCAGUGAUAGUUGUGUGUGCAUUUUGUUGUGAUUUUUAUAUUUGCAUUGCAUGACAGAUGUAUUCCAUUUGUCAAAUGUCUAAAAAAUAAAACGCACUAUUUAGAGGCAACAGCAACAACAAAUUGCUGUAAAAUCAUCAGAAAAAUCCAAAAACAUAGGCAAAAAAAUCAAAUAAUUUUUUGUGUUUGCUCUUCGCGCUACAUAUAUCUUAGCUAAAAUGUGUGUAUGUUAAUAUUGCUAAUUUUGAAAAGUUUAUCUAAAAGCAACAAAGAAAUUGUGUGUUAAAAAAGUUUCACAAAAAAAAAAAAAAUGUUGGAAAACCCCAUUCACUAUUCAUUAGUAAUGAAAAAUUUCCUUUAAACUCUCAGUGAUUUUUCCGUCGGUUUUUUCUUCGAUUUUAUUAGUUAAACAUAAAGCAGAAAAAAUUGUGACCAUUUUUAUCAUAAGCCAGCCGUCAUUCAUAGUUUACAACAGAAAGGGGGAAAUAGUCACGACACAACAGCACCCCCAAGUCAACAGCAUCAUUGUAGCCGCAUUGCAUUAUUGUUGUGUUUGUGUUUUUGCCUCCCAUUUAAAUAUAACAGCAGUAACAACAACAAAAGCUUAAAAGACAAACAUCUGCAUAACUGAUGCAAACAAUAAAUAGGAUACUACUUGGAAUUGAAAUAUAAUUUCAUAACAUAUUUGGCGACUUGAUACUUAAAACAUCUGUAAUCUAGAAAAAAUAAUCAGCCACAAUGUCCGCUGCAGCACAUAAAUGGGACAAAUUGUCACCGAGGGAAUUUUUACAACUACAGGAACUGGCCUCAUAUUCAACACGUAAACUUCAGGAUGUAUUACAGGAGUUUUGUUCGCCACAUGCCUCGCCUAAAUUUAAUCCGGAUGGUGACAUUGAUUACGAUGGCUUUCGACGUUUCCUUGAUGCCUUUCUCGAUUGUGAGACCCCCACAGAAUUGGCACAGCAUUUGUUUGUCUCGUUCCUUAAGGCCAAUGUUAACAACAUCCAUUUGCAGGGCAAGACACUCAAUCAGAUGGCGGCCAUAAGCAGUACGGCAGCUUGUGCUCCAGUCACGGCACACACAAAAGGCUCGUUACACAAUAUAAAUAGCAUUGUGGAAAUCGGACCCGCGGCACCAUCCACAGCAGCAACAGAGACAACUCGAACCAGUUUUGUGGAUAAAUUACAUCAUGGCAUAACGGAUAAACUCCAUUCGUUAAGUGGUCAUUUAACGCAUGACGCCAGCAAAACAGGCAGUGUACAUCCCAUGGUUACGGUUACCCCUAGCCCCAUGGCAGCCUUUCAAAGUGGCACUACCACAACAACAGCGCUGAUGAGCGGUUCCGCAACAACAGCAACGACAGGCCACAGCAGCAAUUCUCAUGGCAUUGGUGGUGGUAGCAUGACAACGGGCAAUAGCGGUGGCGGCGGCAGCGGUGGAUUUGGAAACACUCGCCCUUCCACCGAUUCCAGCCCCUCACACUCACAGGCCAAUCAUUCUCAAAUGUCACGCAACUCCUCGAAGAAGAGUAACAAUUCGGUUAAUUGCAAAAUUGAGGCAGAUAUUAAAUUAUUAACACGCAAACUUUCACACUUUGACCCGCUAACACUGAAGGUGCCGCUCAAGGAUGUGGUCUGUUAUUUAUCGCUGCUGGAAGCUGGACGGCCGGAGGAUAAACUCGAAUUCAUGUUUCGCCUGUAUGACACAGAUGGAAAUGGCGUUUUGGAUACCGCCGAAAUGGAUGCCAUUGUUAAUCAAAUGAUGGCUGUUGCCGAAUACCUUGGAUGGGAUGUCAGUGAAUUAAGACCGAUUUUACAAGAUAUGAUGAUCGAAAUUGACUACGAUGCCGAUGGCACAGUGUCCUUGGAAGAAUGGCAACGUGGUGGCAUGACAACGAUACCCUUACUUGUGCUGCUGGGUGUUGACAGCACAGCUCUAAAGGAGGAUGGCAUUCAUGUUUGGCGUUUGAAACACUUUAAGAAGCCAGCUUAUUGCAAUCUUUGCCUCAAUAUGUUGGUCGGACUGGGCAAGAAGGGUCUCUGCUGUGUAUUAUGCAAGUAUACGGUCCAUGAGCGCUGCGUUCAACAUGCUCCUGCAUCGUGCAUCACAACCUAUGUCAAAUCGAAAAAGGUCAAGGGUGGCGGUGAUCUCCUGCAUCAUUGGGUUGAAGGCAACUGCUAUGGGCAUUGCUCGAAAUGUCGUAAACGUAUUAAAGCAUAUCACGGCAUCACCGGACUCACGUGUCGAUGGUGUCAUAUGAUGCUUCACAAUCGAUGUGCAUCUUCGGUGAAGAAGGAAUGCUCCAUGGGAGAAUAUGCUGAAUUGAUUGUUCCACCCACCUCCAUUUGUCCAGCUGUCUUGGAUCGCCAACGUUCAGUCAAUCAGGCGAAUAAGAAAUCUUCCACAUCUUUGCAUUCCCAACAACAACAACAACAUCAACAACAAUCACAACAACAACAACACCAUCAGGCCACACACUUCCAACUGACCCCACCCAAUGAAGGCAGCUGCCCCCUGCUGGUAUUUGUUAAUCCCAAGAGUGGCGGUCGACAAGGUGACCGUAUCCUGCGUAAAUUCCAAUACAUGCUUAAUCCACGUCAAGUCUACGAUUUAUCAAAAGGUGGUCCCAAAGAAGGAUUAACGCUCUUUAAGGACCUGCCUAAUUUUAAGGUAAUUUGUUGCGGUGGUGAUGGCACAGUCGGAUGGGUCCUGGAAGCUAUGGAUUCUAUUGAAUUUGCCACCCAGCCUGCCAUUGGUGUCAUACCGUUGGGCACGGGCAAUGAUUUAGCCCGUUGCCUGCGUUGGGGUGGCGGUUAUGAAGGUGAAAAUAUACCCAAACUCAUGGACAAAAUCAAGCGAGCUAAUUUAGUAAUGUUGGACAGAUGGAGCAUUGAGGUGACAAACAACCCGGAGGAGAUACCCAAACCAAAGGUAACCUUACACUCCAACAUGCAAAAGGUGUUCGAGCUAUCCCAAAGUGUUGUGGUGGAGAAAUCAUUUAUGGACAAAUACGAGGACAUACAACGCAGCACGAGUUGCACCACCAAUCUCUAUCAGCACACACAAAUGCCCAUGGGCGAUGAAAGCCAUUUGGCCAUUUACGAAAAUGAAGAUGAUGGCGAUGGCGAUGGUGAGGAUGCUGACACUGGCAGGCUGAAGGGCUACACUGCGACGGUAACAACUACGUGUAAGACAACCAAAAGCAUAUCAAUGUCCACAUUUGAGACGAAACGAUUGCCUCUCAGCGCACGCCAGGACACUAUGACCAGUAAUUGCAGCAGUCCCACAACGUCCUGCAGCAGUGCAGCCUCAACCAUUCAAACGCCGCAACAGAAGCAAUUGUCAAACCACAGAACGAUGACCAAGGACUUGUCGAGCAUAUCAACGUCAUUGCCAGGCGUACAAAGCCGUUUGGAGCAAAACGAUGACGCUAAUGCUGGCAAUGGUUUUGACAGCCAUCAACAGGAUCUUCGCACCGCAGCGCCAUUGGCCACACAAGAUGAGGCAGACCACCACAAAUCAAUGAACCUAAAUGGCAAUUUGUCUUCGCAAGCCUCUAAAACACCAAAUACGCCACUCGUCCAGACUUUGACCGGCGCCACAAUUGCCUCCUCCCCGACAUCCAAUGGCACACGAAAUGAAGGAUUUGUAAUUAGCGAAAGUGAAACUGUACCUGCCCACGAGGCUGCAUUAGCGGCGCCCACGCCAACAACACCAACACCAAGACCAACCACAUUGCCAGGCAUUCCUUCGCCCGCCCACAGCCAGGGAGCAAGGACGACCACCCCAACGCCCACCACAGCCAACGAAAUGAAAACAUUCAACAUUCCUCCACAGAAGCCAUUAAAAAGUCAAGCCACGGAAAAGGACUGUACCGUGCCGUACAACAUCAUCAAUAACUAUUUCUCUGUGGGAGUGGAUGCCGCUAUUUGUGUGAAAUUUCAUCUGGAACGUGAAAAGAAUCCCCAUAAAUUCAACAGUCGCAUGAAAAACAAACUCUGGUAUUUUGAAUAUGCAACGUCGGAGACAUUUGCCGCAUCCUGCAAAAAUCUUCAUGAGAAUAUUGAAAUAAUUUGUGAUGGUGUUGCUCUGGACUUGGCCAAUGGUCCACAUUUACAGGGCAUAGCCUUGCUCAACAUUCCCUACACCCAUGGUGGCUCGAAUUUAUGGGGUGAACAUUUGUCACAGAAACGCAUGCGCAAAAGUGCCGGUCCCUUUCGCAAAGGCAAGAAACUAAAAUCAUCCGAUAAGGAAUUAUCUACAACAAGUUUUACUUCGGGCGAUCUAUCGGUGGCCAUACAAGAUUUUGGUGACCGUUUGAUAGAGGUAAUUGGCUUGGAGAACUGUCUGCAUAUGGGUCAAGUGCGGACAGGUCUACGUGCUUCUGGCAGAAGAUUGGCCCAAUGCAGUGAGAUUAUUAUAAAGACACGUAAAACAUUUCCCAUGCAGAUAGAUGGUGAACCCUGGAUGCAACAAGCCUGCACGAUUAAAAUCACACAUAAAAAUCAAGUUCCUAUGCUAAUGGCACCACGCUCCGAAAAGGGCAAAGGUUUCUUCAAUAUGCUGUGCAGUUGAUUCCGGCGCAGUGCCUCAACCAGCUCCAUCAUGCGUGAAAACUUUUCAGCAUCGACCAUGGCUGCAAUGGCAACAUCGACCUCAACUACUCCAAUUCAUGCUACAGAAACCACCGUCCAGAAAACAGAAAAGCUUUAAUUAUACCCGGCCCGCCAACCCACAACAAACACACAAAGGAAAGGGCCAAAGGAAAAAAAACCGAAUUAAAAACUCACUAUGCCAAGGAUAAUGGAAAUACAAAUAAGAGAGUAAAAUGCUAAUAGCAAAACAAAAAGAAACUCUACUCUACUAUUUUCCACAUAUAACCUUGGAGCUUAAAACCACGAUAGAAAAAAUGGAUUAAAACUCAUGGAAAAAUUAUAAAACAGAGUAUAAAUUAAAACCGAAACCAAAACUAUAAUUUCAAAGAAAACAAUUUAAGGAAUUAUAUUUACACCAACUAUAGUGCAUAGUUGUCUACACACACACUCACACACACCAAUGUAGAUGGUACAGUUGGUUACAAAUGUCUACAUACAUGCUGUAUUUAUAGGCUUUUGAUGAAGAUUUUAUUGCGAUGAGAUUUGUUAUUUUUUAGAUAAUCUUAGAAAAUUUCUCCUAAAGUAUUUUUAAGUAGAGAAAACACAAUUUUAUACCCUAUAUAGCGAACAAAAACAACAAAAAAAAACAGAAAAUAGUUACUCAUGUAAGUGUGUAUUUAUGUAGUAUAUAUACAUAUUUAUCACUUAUAUACAUACGAUAUUUAUAUAUACAUAUAUGUAUACAACAAAAAAUCCUAUUUAUUUAUUUGUAUAAAAGUUACAUUGCUAGGGCAUUUUCAGAUGCAUUUCUUAUUUAGCAAAUUUAAUUUUCCUUAAACAAACGCUUAACCAUAUGGACUUUUUUCUAUUGAAAUUGUUGUUGAUUUUCGUAAAAUGUAAAUACAAACCCGCGGUAUUCACAAAAUUUAAUAAGGGAUAUUUCCAUGUGUUACAUACGCAAUGACAAAGUGAAUAUACCCCUGUCUUACGGUGGUGGAUAUUAGAAUUUGAAUUCAAAACAAAAAACCAAUAGAAAAAAUUAUAACCAAAAUU